CCACCACUUUAUCACUGCGCGUUUCCUCGAACACUAAGCAACCCUUCCAUCAUAUAAUACGCCCCUCUCUUCCCCCUCCCUCGUUCUCCCGCAUCCCCUUUGGUUUCGCCUUCUGCAUUCAUUUUGAUCCCCGUAGAUGAGUUACUAUGGUCAACAGCAGCCUCCUCCCCAAGCUUACCCCCCACCACCCAGUGCUUACCCUCCCCCGGGGCAGACUUAUCCCAUGCCACCUCAGGUCGGCGAUCCGGUGAAGGAUGGAGGAGCUGUCGUUGCGCAACCAGUCUCGGCAGAGACGCAGAGCCGAGGAGAUGGCUUCUGGAGAGGAUGCUGCGCUGCGCUAUGUUGCUGCUGCCUUCUUGACAUGUGCUUCUGAGACCAGUGGAAUGGCAGCUGACCUCUCAAUGCAUACAUCGCUUGAGCAGUUUUAAGUUCUUGUUUAGCUUAUCUAUGUAAAUGUUGGACUUCAUUGGGAUGUAGGAAAUCCUUGAUGUGAUCUCUACUGUUCUACGGUGACAUGUACUGCUCAAGCUAGUUGCUUGUUUUACUAGAUGGGUAUGCUUCAGAUUGCUAUAAAAGGUGGCUCAUUGCAACUA